UGUGAGGGUGAUGGGUGUUCCUCCUUAAACUGCUGUAGAGAAAGAGUGACUAUGUAUGCAUCAGUCACUCAGAUACAGAGACCAGCAGCCAGAGGACAUGGAGCCAAAACAGAUCAAAGAAGGAUACCUUGUCAAAAAGGGCACAGUGCUGAACUCAUGGAAGGUGGUGUGGGUGGUGUUGUCUGAAGAUGGGGUGGAGUUCUUCAAGAGAAAGACAGACAACGCUCCCAAAGGAAUGAUCCCACUGAAGGGAGCUGUUCUGACCAGCCCCUGUCAGGACUUCAGCAAGAGGAAUGUACGGUCACGUCACCUUUCAGUAUUAAAUACCAGUUUUGUUUUUAAGCUGAGAACGGCCAAGAACCAGGACCAUUACUUCCAGGCAUCCCACCUGGAGGAGAGAGAGUCCUGGGUGAAGGACAUCAAGAGAGUCAUCACCUGUCUGCAGGGGGACAGAAAGUUCACCAGGAAGUCCACAAGGAGGUCCAUUCGCCUCCCCGAUACCAUCAACCUCAGUGAGCUGUACAUUCUAAUGAGAGACCAGGAGGAUGGUGUCAAAGAGCUGAAGCUGGAGAAGGAGAAGAGAGUCUACAAUCACUGCUUCACAGGUGGUACGGUGGUGGACUGGCUGAUCUCUAAGGACAAGGCCAGGAACAGGCCUGAGGCUCUGAUGUUGGCUACAGGACUCCUGAAUGAAGGUUUCCUGCAGCCCGCAGGGGACCUGUCCAAAGAGGCGGUCGAGGGAGGGGCAGAGUCUGCCGUCCUCGAUGAUCCAGAUGCACUCUAUUACUUUGCAGACAGUGGGUUCUUCUGUGAAGGCUACUCCAGUGAUGAAGACGUGAUUCUGAAGGAGGAGUUUCGGGGUAACAUAAUAAAACAGGGCUGCUUACUCAAACAGGGUCAUCGGAGGAAAAACUGGAACGUGCGGAAGUUCAUCCUCCGGGAUGAUCCUGCUUAUAUUCACUAUUACGACCCCACCAAGGGUGAUGAGAACCCUUUGGGCUCUAUCCACCUGCGAGGGUCUGUGAUCACAGCAGUAGAGUUUGUUCCUGAGGCCAAGAGGUAUGAUGUUGAUGGGAAUCUCUUUGAGAUCAUCACUUCAGAUGACACACACUAUUUCUUACAAGCGACUACACCCGAAGAGAGGAAGGAGUGGAUCAAAGCCAUCCACACUGUGUCUAAAACCGGAAAAUAAUCACAACAGGCCACACAGCUAAUUUGAACAACUUACAUUGAGGGAUAUGGAUUAUGGUUGGCGUGUACAAAUACUUGUUGCAGAGCCAGAAGGAAUCUGAAUUUAAAUAAUUUAGCCAUAGAAUUUGAAGGAUGAAUGACUGAUCCAAAAUUCAGCUUUUACGAGUUGUAUGUUUCUUAUUGUAUUUAUGUUGAAUGAUUACACAUUUCCUGUACAUAUAGAUAAAAUGCACCCUCACAUGUUUUUCAUAAUUCACCAUGAUGUGGGUGCACUCUCACCUUUAGAUAUGAGAUACAGGCAGACUGUGAAGGGUACAAUGUUCUGUGUAGAAAGGCGUGAAGUUCUGUAAUGGUUUCUGGUGUGGCCUUCUGCUUUUCCAUCCAGCAGCCUGAAAGAAAUAGGACAGUUAGAAGAAUCUCACCAUUGCAGACAGUUCCUAUGACUGAACAAACACGUAUCAUAUCCUGCCUUUGAGGACCCUUGUCACUCUGUGGUUUUCAUGAUGUUCUUAUCCCAUAUCACGUGAUAUGCACAUUGUCUAUCUACUGACUGUAUAUCGCUGUGUUCUAAAUCGAGUGUCUGUCAAAAAGUAUCAAUUAAAUAUCUACUCUUUGUCUCCA